AUGACAGACGCAGGUGCUGCUGCUGCUGCUGCUGCUGUGGCUUCAGGAGGCCGGCAGUUUGCGCCGCUCCGACUCGCCUGGGAAGCGGCCUUCAAGAAGCACAACCGCGUCUGCACCGAGCUUGCGGGCUUGCUGAACAGCCAGUCGAUCAAGGAGUAUCCAGGAUGGACCAUCGGCGAGAUUCACGACGCACUCAAGCAGCUCAUCCUGGACAUACUGCACCUGUCGUUGCUGCAGCAGCAACAGCAGUUGGCGCAGCAUCAAGCGGCGCAGCAGCAACAACAGCAACAACAACAACAACAACAGCUCCAAAAGCAGCAACUUGUGCAGCAACAGCAGCCACAACCACCUCAGCUGCAACCACCUCAGCUACAACAACAGCAGCUACAGCAACAACAGUUACAACUCCAAAAGCAACAACAGCAGCUGCAACAGCAACAACAACAGCUGCAACAGCAACAGCUCCAAAAGCAGCAGCAGCAACAACAACAGCAGCAACAACAACAACAACAACAAAAACAGCAACAACAAUUGGCUCAGCAACAACAGCAACAACAACAACAACAACAACAACAACAACAACAACAGCAACAGCAACAAUUGGCCCAACAACAACAACAACGUGCUCAGCCAACGCAACAGCAAAUACAACAGCAACAGCAACAGCAACAGCAACAGCAACAACAACAACAACAGCAACAACAACAACAGCAGCUGCUGGUCAAGCUCCAACCAUUCCCAAGUACAAAAUCGGCUGCAGAGAGUGGGAAUGCAGUAGUGACUCAGCCUCAGCAGCAACCACCGCAACAACACCCACAAAACUUGCCGCAACCACAACAGCCAGUUGCCGCUGCGGCUGCGGUGCCGCAAACAGCAGAAGGCAAGCCCGUAGACCCUGCCCAACAAGCUCCGUCUCAGCCAGCGCGUCCAACAACUGUUUUGGACGAAAAACGAAUCAUCCUUGAGCGCAUGCGAAAAAAGUUUCAACACCGCCUCGCCGAUGUCAUCAAGGCCACGUCCACGUCCACGGUUGCCACAAAGCUGCCGAGAUUGCAACAGAUCAUCAUGUCAGACCCAAGUGAAGUCAAAAUGGGAAUGGAGGCUCUGUAUAAAAUCGAAAAGCACUUGGAGCAGCACUUUGCACACCAGAUUGCUUCGGAAACGGCAUCCAGUAGCACGGACAAAGCUACAGGUUUGACGGCGCCACGGCCAGCAGUCCCAUCAACCACGCCAGCAGCGGCAAGCACGAUACCAACUCUCACCUCCGCCCUUGCUGCCACUGCUACUGCCACAGGCGGAGCUGCCGUGUCGAACGCGCGCCCAGCCGCACUUUCAACAGUCUCCGCUGCUUCUGUCCCAGUCGCUCCGGCUGGCCCCGUUGCUCGGCCUGCCGCCAAGCCGGGAUUUGCCAAUCUCCACGAAAUUGUGGAACAGCUCACCAAAGCCCCGACCUCUCUCCUUCAGUCCAUGCGUUCGUCACUGUCCACUCCACUACGACAAGUCUAUGCUCCUCCGUGGUCGUGGCGCGAUGAAUUUUCGUUUACCACCACAUCGGGGAGCUCGAGUCAAGAGGCAUCGCCGGCGAGCAUGCUUGCACCAGGCGUGGCGCCAGCGACCCCCUCAAACGCGUCCGAUUCUGUCAUGGUGAAGCUGGAGUCCGACACGGGCGACAUCUCCCUGGAGAAACAAAACGACGACCUGUCGGAUUCAACGGCAAUGUCUCGUCCGAAACGCCGUGCGGAUGAGAUGGAAGAGAGUGACCAAGCUCUGAUGGGUGUUUUGUCAUCCGUCACACCACCAUCAUUUUCGCCGCAACAAGUGCCGCGGACGUCGGAUGAUCCACUGUCCUUUGUUUGGUUUGGCCAGUACCGCAACGCCGGCCAAGCGUCUCGAUUCGGGCGUGUUCUAUCCUCCUUGUCGCUCUGGCGCUCGCGCAUGUCUGUCCGAUCUGCGUCCCCAGCGACCCUUUUGGACGUUCGGUCUCCGUUCCACGACCAUCACCAUCAACUUCAUCAUCAACAGCAUCAUUCAGCCCAAAACAUUAUGCCGCACACCAACCGCGCUGCCAAGGUACUUGAAUUGCUGACAGCCACGUCCGAGACAGCACUUUUGGCCGAUGUACUGUCCAUGCCGUUUCCAACGCUUGAUCAGGUGUGCGACGAGUCUGGCCUGCUCGAUCUUCUUCCAGAGUCGUGCUUUUCUCUCGUUCUCGAUGCUGGCAUGUCUGACCCAAGCACCGGGCUUGUCGUUCUUUGGUGCUGCACAAAAUCAGAAUCAGUCUUGCCUCAAGUGCGGCCGUUUACCAUUUGUUUUCAUGCCGGCUACCCACGUAUUUCACCCGUCGUUGAGUUUGAUGAAGCGCAGUUUGGGUUGUCGAGUUUUCUGCAGUACUUCCGUUCGCGCGCGGAACAAGUGCUCACAAGUCCCUCCCGCCCGUCGACCCUGACGGAUGUCCUUGUGCAUCUGGAGAUUGUGUUGCGCGAUCUUUCGGUGACUUGCUGAAGCACCACGCUUUGCCGUCUUGUUUCUUGUACCUUUUAUAUAUUUGUACUGUACUGUACCAUACACCUUGAUACACUAACGUCGGUUGUGAUGAAAGAGAAUUCUUGAGAUUGUUGUCUUUGAUUCCUGUAUCUUGUCUCAGUAUUCUAGUUUCGCAUACAUUGUCCUAUCCA